GCCGGAAGAGAAGAGGGUCCUUUCCCAGCCAUCUUGUGGCUUCAUCUAGCGAAGUGUUCGCACCAAGCCUCGUAGAAUCGGAGGAAAAUCCUGCUGAAGGGGCGCCAUCAUGCCCGGACAAAUGCAAGAAGGGUUUGGCUGUGCCAUAACCAAUCGGUUCGACCAGUUAUUUGACGACGAGUCGGACCCGUUCGAGCUGCUGAAGCAGGCCGAGGUGAAGAAGAAGAAGGAGGCUGCCGCCGCUGCUGGCGCCGCCAAGACCGCCGCGCAGGCGGCCAAGCACGUCCGCAAAGAGUCCCAGAAGGACAGAAAGACCCCGCUGGCCGACAAGAAGGAGGAGACCCAGGCGCCAGUCCCGCUCAAAAAAGAUGGUCCCGGCAUGAGGAGAAUGGGCCGGAAGCCAGAGGGUGAAGGCUUCAGAGCUCCAGGCAGCCAGGGGGAGGGGCGUCCCCCAGCAGACAGACGACCUGUGGACAGGCGGCCACCUCGUCGUUUCGAGAGACCCGUCGGUGAGGGUGGCGAGAAGCCCGAGGGCGGAGAAUUCUCAGUGGAGAAGCCCAUCGGUGAUAGGCCAAUGAGGGGCCGUGGUGGUAGCAGGGGGGCCCGCGGAGGCAGAGGGCGUGGCAUGGGACGCAGCGAUGGCUUUGAUUCUCGAGGAAAACGUGAAUUUGACCGGCACAGUGGCAGCGACAGAUCUAGUCUGAAAGGUGAAGAAAAGCGAGGUGGAAGUGGAUCUCACAACUGGGGCACUGUCAAGGAUGAUAUAAAUGAGCUCGACCAAUCUAACGCCACUGAGGAGAACCCUGAAGGAGAGGAGCAUCCGCCUGCUGAUUCUGAGAACAAAAGGGAGAAUGAAGUUGAGGAAGUGAAGGAAGAAGGCCCCAAGGAGAUGACUCUGGAUGAAUGGAAAGCCGUGCAGGACAAGGAACGGGCCAAGGUGGAGUUCAACAUCCGUAAGGCCAACGAAGGAGCUGAUUGGAACAAAGGAUUCGUGCUUCACAAGUCCAAGACGACUCCUGUUAAGAGUCAAGAUCUGAUUGAGCCGGAGAUUGAGGAACCCAAGCAACUAGAUGAUGAACACCACUUCCGGAAACCAGCAAAUGAUAUCACAUCCCAGCUGGAGAUAAACUUCGGAGAUUUGGGCCGUCCAGGGCGUGGACGCGGUGGUCCGCGUGGCGGCCGGGGAGGCCGUGGCGGCCGAGGUGGAGCUGGAGCUGGUGGAGGUGGAGGUGGAGGUGAAACCACUAGGCCUGUCCGUGCUCCAAGGAGCGACAAGCCACCUGGAUCCGUGCCCAACGUGGACGACCCGGAGGCCUUCCCAGCCCUGGCCUAAGCCCCGGCUGCUAACCCUCAGGUCUACAGGAGCCUCCUGAGCACCUCCACUACGAGGCUUGCAUGUUCCUGGAUCCUUCAGCAAAGAGAAAUGAUGGAGAAGACUGUCAUAAAUAUGACACUCUGUGAGGACUGAGUUUUAACCAACAAAAACAAAACAAAGAUGGUAAAAAAACAACAAAAUUAAAAAAAAAAAACAACAAAAAAACAAACAAAAAGGACUUCUUGCUACUCUGGAGCGACUUAUUGGUAGAGGUUUUGUACUCGGAAACUAAGUAGCAGGGAUGUUUUCAUACAGUAUUUUUUUCAGAGUUUAUGCAUUGUCCAUUGAUAAAGUUUUGUAAUUGCUGCUUGAAAAUACGCAUUUUGAAAUGUAAGCAUAACAGUAUCUUUUUAGCAUGGUGUGUGCCAAUGCUUGCUCGUUUUAAAAUAGGCACUGAGGAGCUCCCACCCGAGCCAGUACGGUCUGCCACACCAGGUAUUUCUGAAGUUGCAGCUUCACUCAUUGAGCUUUGGUUUUUUUUUGUUUAGUUUUUCCCUCCUCCUUCAGCACUGGGUUAUUGUUUUAUAUUUUAUACAGAAGGUCUAUUCUUGUAUGAUCUUCCGCCUGUAGAUCUUAACUAUUUUCAUAAAUUCUUUCAGAGACUGUAUUUCACAUGGUGCAAAUGGGACACGCUUUGAUCAGGAGAUGCCGCCUACAUUUCAAUGUUUAGAGGAAACGGCACCCAAAUCCCAACCUAGGGUUCUUUUCUAUAGAAAUGUUCUAAAGGGGCACCAUUUAGUUGUUUUGGAGGAAAACAUACGUGCUCCUUUUGAAAUUUCAUCCCAAGACUUGUCAAAUGGACUGAUUUGACGUGGAAAGCUAGUGUCCAUAUUUUCUGAUUCUUAUUAGAGGUGAAUUUUGCAAUUGUUUCUUCCUCCUUCCCAAUUUCAUCUGACAGUUAUCCAUGUGCAGGUCAAUAAAUGCCAUUUCCUUUUUUUUUUAUUAUUAUUUUUUUACUUUGGCGAUGAGGAGAGGAAGUGUUCUUACACAGCUGAGAUGUGGCUGAAGACUUCUGGAAGCCCUCAGACCCUCUUCGAUUGUUUACACACUCCACUCAAGCAUCCUCCCACAGGUAUAGACUCAGCCCAGCUUCAGUUUGUUUCAGCAGUCUGUUCUUCGCUGGUAUUUUCCUUCACUGUUGGCUUGCUCCGUAGCUUCCACAGUGGUAUCACUGCAUAAUCGCUCUGAAAGAAAUACAGUUGUCCAUUGUAUGGAACAGCUGAAGUGCUUUACAAAUGUGUGAAAUCUAGCCCUGCUAUUAGACCUCUGUCGGUAAAUAAAGGUGGUCGACAAA